AUGACUCUUCGCUCUCCGUUGCCACAUAAUGUAAGGCAGGGACUGGCUAGCAUCAGUAGUUCUUUGUUCAUCCAAAACAAAACCAGAGACUGUGGGGAUGGACAUUCAUAUCACACAGGCCAUGAAGUGCUGUCAAACCUUCCUCUUCAGAUGAUGCUGUAUUUCAACCUUUUUUACUUCCCAUUCUGGUUUUUAUCAGAGAUCAUAAUAUUGGAACUCAAGUUUCAUUUGCUUUCUAGCUACUAUAAGUUUCUACUUGUCACAGCUUUGGUCGUACUUAUGGUAGUUGAAAUUCUGAGAUUGUACCUGGGAUACAUUGGAAAUUUACAUGAAAAGGUACCAGAGCUGGCGGGAUGCCUGUUGUUAACCUUCCUCAUACAGAUGCCUCUUCUCCUAUUCCUUCUGACUGAUGAACAAACCCUGAUUUUGCCUCUGGAGUAUGCAGUUCAUUCAAUUUACAUGAUUUUUCUUAACGCCGAGCUAGUAGUUUGUUUCUUUGCUCUGAAAGUGAUGACAAGACAGCUUGCAACUCAGUUUUACUUACAACAUUCAGAAGAUUUAGCAAAUAAAGAGAUAUAUACCCAGCGUUCUCAGGCAGAAAUGCAAUACAGUCAUGGUAAUGUGAGAGAAGUAUUGGAAAGGGAUGCAUUGCUGUACUGA